AUGACUGCUAAAAUAGCGGAUGAAGUGUUUGUGUCUCUCAGCAGUCUGGUAGAUAUUAUUCCUAAAGAUGUGUACUCAGAGGAGUCCAUGGUGUUUAAAGAAGAGGCUGUAGGGGAGGACGAGCAUGAAGACAUCCACAGCGGACACCUUGUUUUCGAGGAGAGGAGCGCGUCCGAGGAGCUGCCCUGCCGCGGAGACUUGGCGCAGUACGUGGCAACUUUACGCACACACCCGGUGGCCUUUACCGGCAAGUUCUCGGUGGACUCCCGAGCUGCAGGAGGACCGUGGACACAGAGGGACGUGAUCGACGUGAUCAGCGCCGACAUCUCCUCCCCGGGGCCGGUCUCUGUGUCUGGGUCGUGUUCAAGAUCUCCAGAUAUUUGCGCAAGAGGAGGAGGAGGAGGAGGAGGAGGAGGAGGAGGAGACUGUGCCAUGGCGCACGGCCAGCCGGACCUCAGCCACAUGUACGCACCCCCUCAUCAUCACCCCCACCCCCACCCGGCUCCAUCCUACUCCUGCAGCGGGGACAUGUACCAGGACCAGUCACCAGGCGGGUACCUGGCCACCUCCACCUGCUCCGUGUCCUACCACCCUCCUCCGACCUACAACCCUGCGCCUAAAUCCACAGUAGACGGCGCUGCUCUGCUGUCUCUCCUGCCUGAGUACGGAGGCUUCUACCAGCAGAGCUGCCAGAGAGACAUCCAGGCGGUGUUCCCAGAGAGGAAACCCCUCCCGUACCCGCUGGACCCCCUCAGGGUGCCUCCACCUCUCACUCCUCUCAACACCAUCAGGAACUUUACGCACGGUGCGCCCCUGGCCGAGGGUCCGAUGGUCGCCGCGGCUUUCCCCGGCCACCAAAGCCUCCCUCUGAGGCCAAUCUUGAGACCAAGGAAGUACCCGAACCGGCCCAGCAAGACCCCGGUCCACCAGAGGCCGUACCCGUGCCCGGCGGAGAGCUGCGACCGUCGGUUCUCCAGGUCGGACGAGCUGAGCCGACACCUGCGCAUCCACACGGGCCACAAACCUUUCCAGUGCCGCAUCUGCAUGAGGAACUUCAGCCGCAGCGACCACCUCACCACCCACAUCCGCACACACACCGGGGAGAAGCCUUUCUCCUGCGACCAGUGUGGGAGGAAGUUUGCCCGGAGCGACGAGAGGAGGAGGCACAUGAAGAUCCACCUCCGCCAGAAGGAGAAGAAGUCCAGUUCAGCGUCCUAA